AUGGCUCUUGAGCCAGGCCCACGCCGCUCCAUGUCCCCCAACAGCUCUGGCCGCGCAUCACCAAACCCUCGACAGUGGAGGAACCAGCUCAGCGCAGACGACUCUUCUGCUUCCAAGGACAAGCACUACCGAAAGUAUGCUUCUGGCGUCGAGCGAUCGCUCUCCCUCUUCGAGACAGCCCUGCAGGAAUGGGCCGACUACAUCUCGUGUCUGAGCAGGCUGCUCAAGGCUCUACAGGCUCGGCCCUCGACUAUCACGACGGUCCCCUCGAAGGCACUGGUCUCCAAGCGCCUGGCCCAGUGCCUGAACCCGUCGCUCCCCUCCGGUGUCCACCAAAAGGCCCUUGAGGUCUACAGAUACAUUUUUUCCUUUAUAGGAAGCGAUGGCCUAUCCCAAGACUUACCUCUCUAUCUUCCCGGACUCGCCACUGUCCUAUCGUUCGCCUCCUUGACAGUCCGCGCGCCGUUUCUUGAUCUUCUCGAGACAUACUUUUUGAAAGUGGAUGCAAAAGCGCUUCGACCAGCACUGAAGGCUUUGAUCCUGGCACUCCUGCCAGGUCUUGAAGAAGAGACCAGCGAGGACUUUGAUCGGACACUGAAGCUCGUGGAAAGUUUCAAGGUCGCUGUUCGGGAACCCCAUGGCAAAGUGCUCUCCGAAGUGCAUUCAACAAGCGACGAUUUCUUUUGGCAAUGCUUUUUUCUUGCCACAAUCACGGGCCAUACCCGCAGGACAGGAGCUUUGGUCUAUCUUGUUCGGUAUCUCCCCAGACUAGGCCCAUCCGACGGCACAGGCAAGUCCGAGGACCCUACAGAAGACUUGGCCGCUCUUGUCACAUCGCCCGAGCCAGGACUGCUCCUCCGCUGCUUUGCUGCUGGCCUGCUUGAUGACCAGCUGCUUAUACAGCGAGGUUUCCUGGACUUGCUGGUGACGCACCUGCCGCUGCAUUCACGCAUUCUCCAGACCAGGGCCAAACACGACGAUAUCGAGCUCUUGCUCCAAGCUGCCGUCGGGGUUGUGACCAGGAGAGACAUGAGUCUCAAUCGGCGCUUGUGGGCGUGGUUUCUAGGUCCUGAACCUGCCGCAAAUGAUCAUGACGCCACCCCAGACUCGCCAGCGUCACCAGCAGAGCCCUCAGCCGGCUUCCUUGCCUCGAGAACGACUUACUUUGAAGAGCAUGGCCUGCAUUCUCUUUGUCAAGCUCUGCUCUCCAUGAUAAAGUCAGCGGCGACAGAAGGCCCCGCCGAGAGAGCUCGGCCGUAUCGGAUCUGCUUGUCUUUGAUGGACCGGUGGGAGAUCGGUGGCUUGGUCGUCCCUGAGGUCUUUCUACCAGUCAUCACAAGUGUCAAGGAAUUCAAAUCUCAAGCAGCGACAAAAGCCGACUUUGCGGAGGUUUUACGAAGUGCUAGUGUCUUCUUUGAUGGUGUAGAGAGCGGUUUGAUCUACGGCGAGCUUGUCGGUCUUGUCGCUCAGUCUUUCGCGCCUGGCAGCACGCCUUUAGCCAAGCGGGUCGAGUCUUUGGAUCUUGUGCAAUUCAUCAUGGCCCACUUCAAUAUCCGUGAGGAGGAAAUGGUCACAAUCCAUGCCCCCUUGGCAGCGCUUGCGGUUCUGGCCAUGCUGGAAGACGUCAGGGAGAGGAGUAAUAGUCCCAACCGAACAGCCGAUGUAAUACCUGAUUCACUUGCGGGGCAGGCUCUCGAAAUCGUCUUGCAGCUUGUAGACCUAAUUCCCGAAAGAGCCUUUCCAUUGAAAUCUGGCCGCGAGGACUCAGCUGCGUCUGUGGACGCCCCUGUCCUGGCCUCCAUUUCAAACGGCGAACUUCUCAAACGAAUUCGUGCAUUCUACGUCUCGGAGCAGGGCAACCUAGAGGCUAGUCCCGUUCCCUUUUCUGGCAGAUCAACAGGGCAAAUGCUGCUGCUGAAGGCUUGUAGCCUGACAUGCGACAGUCUUGUGUCCAGGCUGCCAGCAGCAUCAACAUCGAUCAGAAGUCGACUGCUGGCAUUGCUGCUGUCGAAGGCACCCAGAGAAUAUCCCAUCGAGACCGAUCAGCUACUACAGUCGAUCCAUGCGCAACUGUCCGAAGAGACAUUGGAGUUUCUCACUUUCAAAUCGAUGCUCUUCAUAUCAACCCAGUUAUACACUGGAGAGCGGAUAUCACCGGCUCUCCUUUCCAAGCUGGUCCCGGGUCUCGUCCGACAAGCAUGGAAUCACCUCUCCUUUUCAAAUCCGAAGUACCAUGUCGAGGCUGUCCGGGGCCUAUGGCAGCUUCAAUCUGCUCUCACACUCUCCAAUCGCGAGGUUGAGGCAGUGCUCACAGACCUGAUGACAAGACAAGACAGCAUUGGCACAUUUGCGGUUCGUCGUGCUGAUCCUGGGCGGAGUUUUAGCAUCCUUUGGACGCAUACUUUGCAAGACAAUCCGUCCCAUUUCGACCGCCGUGGCCUAAGAAGCCCAAUAUUGGAGGCCAAGCCCAGUCUGAGGCUUGCAGGCAUGGACCACUACAAAGUCAUGUUGACGCGGCCUCUCUUCUCGAUGCUCGAUGCUUUGCAUGAUGAGCGAGUCCAGCUCUUUAUGGCUGCCAAGAUGUGGCUUGGCCACAUGGUUGGCAUUGAAAAACUCUUUUUGAUAUUUGUCGAGAAGUUUGCGGCUUUUACGUUCCUGUAUGGUUCUCGAGGAUCGGUGAAGGCUACAGUAGCAGCGCCCAUGAGCUUUAAUGAUGAUGCCGAUCUCGACAUGGCUGUUUACUAUCUUCGUACACUAUCAAAUGUGCUGCGAUGGGCCCCUGAAGCAUUUUGGGGGGUUCUCGCGACACGCGUCAUUGAGCACCCUGACCCCAGCCUUAUUCAGAUAACCGGAUCCGAAGGAGGCUUCUCUCUUCAAGAGUUUUUUAUGCACGUCUGUCUACGCUGUAUUGCUGGCAAUGUUGCUCCGACUGAUAGUGGACGACAAGUCUCCGUGGCUCAGUUGCACCGCAGCGCUUUAAGUCUUUUGCAGCAGCUUCUCGGAAGCCCACAUACGGAGGCAUUGCGCAAGCUCAAUAUCCAGGAUGCUCUAGUUGAGAGGCUAUUGCAAGCUUUGACAGGUCCAGACCCGUAUAUCCAGGUGAUGCUCCUCGACGUGGUUGUCUCUUCCAUCAAGCUCCAGAUGGCGAUACAAGAUGAGGUCCCUCUGUCUCCGUCAAUCGAGAAGCGGACCCUUCACCAGGCUGUAGGUAGCAUGAGGCUCUCUACCGCGCAGACCUCAGAACAGGCACCAGAGUCCAGUCCAGUCCCUGCUGCUCUGCUGCAGUGUAUACAAUCUGCGCUAGUAUCACCUAACAGUCGUCCGGUCUUGGACAGCUGGGUCGCGUUCCUUGUUGAAGUUCUGCCACUCUAUUCUCGGUCUAUAUUCCAGGUUCUCAUACCACUGGUCGAAACUCUUUGCGCCCAGGUGGGCGAGGCGUUCAACACGCUCCGGGACACAUUCAAAGACCCGGGCCUAAGCUCCCAAGUCGUUGGCGCGCCUGAGACGACUCUGAUCUCGCUCCUCAAUGCACUGGAACAAGUACUGGCAAAGGCGCACGAAUGUCUCUUGGUUGAAGAGAGCAAGAACAUCGUGGCCAAGAGCCCUGACCAGCCUCAGGGCUUCUUUGGCAAUAUGGUUUCGGGCGUCUUCAAUUCUGAGCAGCAGCAGACUCGCAGCGCCACUGCCAACGACAGGCUGACUGUCCUUCUCGCCUUCCAAGAUGCCGUACGAAUAUGCUUUAGGAUAUGGUCAUGGGGCCAAGGCAGUGAGGCUGGCACGCUGGACGCCGAUUCAGCCGCCUCAUUCAACUAUACGUCUCUGCGCAUGAGGAAUCGAGCCAGGAGGCUUCUCGAGCACGUCUUUGCAGCGGAGGCACUCGAGUGUCUCGAAACUGUGGUGGGCAUCUGGCGGACAUCGUUGAAAGACCCUGAUACCACAAGGCACUCUGCCGUCUUUAGUCUCCUUCCUGCGCUUGAUGGUUCGCGCCCUGCAAACACCAUACCUGCAAUCUUCAAUGCCAUAUAUAGUCGCAGCAACCCUGGGGCCCUCGACCCAUCGAGGAAGUCCACUCUGACCAUCUCGUUGCAGGACACCGACCUUGUCAUCUUCUUAGUCGACUACGCGAAGUCUCUCGAAGACGAUGCAAUGGACGAGAUUUGGCAGGAUUGCAUGACUUUCCUCAGAGACCUCCUUACCAACCCCUUCCCACACAGACAAACGUUGCCGAGUCUACUCGAGUUUGCAGCGAUUCUAGGUGAAAAGGUCGACAACACGAAUUUCGGUGAGCAGAAGAGGAUGAGGCGAGAGCUUGGCGAUAUCUUUUUGCGACUACUUACAGCCUUGUUCACUACACGUCCGGCGACCUUCGCCGAUGCCGUGUCGGUUGACAAGGAGAAGAACGGCAAAGUGGCUCCAGCCACAACAAACAGUCCACAAUCCAGGGCGGAUGACGUUGUCGGGAUUCUCGCACAUAUCGUGCCAAGCUUGCCCAAAAUCCUCGUGGAGUCUGAUCGAGUGCUCACAGCGGCCGGGACGAUCUCUGCAAACGUUGUGGGUCCGAGUAUACGAUCCAAGGGGUUUCCCGAUACGAUCUCGAAGAGCAUGUUGACGCUCCUCUACGAGCUCACAAGGUUGCAGAACAAUCAAAAGACUUGGAAGAAGGACAUUGGAGACGCCUUCAACGAUGCUAGAUUCUUUUCCUCUUCUACAGAGCUGGUUCGAAGCGAUUGGCUGCCGCUCCUGCACCAGUGGACGCGGUCUGACAAGGAGCGUAUCACUGAGAUUCUCAGUCGCAUUACACCACCAACUACUGCCGGCAUCGUCUUCGGUGUCGGCGCAACAUCUGCGCGCCUCGAGGCAGACCGCAAGACACAGCUCAACCUCCGUCGUGUCGCUACUCUGAUUCUGGCGUCAGGGACAGACGCAUUCGUUGCAGACCUACCUGCGAUACUGGAACGUCUGGUAGAGCUUCUUGCGGCAACGGCAACGUCGUCCCCUUCGUCUACGACCAGGGCCGAGAUCUAUAUGGUGAUUCGGGCUUUGACCCUUCGGACGUCUGCCGUGCACCUGUCUCCGCUCUGGCCCAUAGUGAAUGCGGAGAUGCACGAGGCCAUCUCCUCGGUCGUUGCCCCCGACAAUAGCCCUAGCGCUGACACUUUCAACAACGCCUCCGUCUUGCAGGCGUGUAAGUUGCUUGAUGUGCUUGUGGCAGUGGCACCAGACGACUUCCAGUUGCACGAAUGGUUGUUCGUGACGGACACAAUUGAUGCCAUCUACAGGUCGCCGUCUUAUCAACCUGUUGCUCUCGUUGAUGAACUGUCAGAAGAGCUCGGUGCUUCGGUCGCCACACACGGCCACGCCCUCCACACCGAAUCGGGCUCUGGCAGUGCUGCUUCGAGUGGCCUACACCGGCGACCACUACUGGGGCCGGGCGGUAUCAACGUGGACUUGACCAUUGACCGCAAGGACGAGCUGGUGGCGAAGAUCCUGAGGCCGUUCUUCGGUCAACUCAGCAUCUUCCUGUUCGAAUCAACGUAUGCAAUGGGUGCUCUAGAUGAAGAGUGGUGUGUGGAGAGCCUGCUGCGAGAUUUAUUCGACGAGCGAAGCAUUGUAAAGGCGCUCUAG